AUGGACUGGAAACACGCCUCCCUCCAGCCAGGCUGCUACAAAAGUCCCCCCUUUUCAGUCGAAGCACCGAACUACCGCCCAGUAGCUGGCGAAACAAUACCCCGCCGAAACCCUUCACAUCCCGAUAAACUAAAAUCACUUUUAGAGCCUGGAAUAGAAACCGUCUACGAUAUCUUACACCGAGCGUCGAAAAAAUAUGCGCAUUUAAAAGCGGUGGGAACAAGAAAGUUCAUCCAAACUCAUCAUGAAACCAAAACAAUUCAGAAGAUGGUAGACGGGCAGGUAGUGGAUGAUGAGAAACAAUGGACAUAUUAUGAGUUGGGUGAAUAUCAGUACCUGACCUUUGCGCAAUAUGCGACCAAAGCGCUGCAAAUUGGCGCUGGCUACCGUGCACUUGGUCUCCAAAAGGGGGAUAAACUUCAUGUUUUUGCAACCACGAGUGCAAACUGGCUGCUCUCGGCCCACGCUGCAGCCACUCAAUCGAUUCCGAUAGUCACAUCCUACGCAACCCUCGGAGAAAAAGGUCUCGAGGUAUCGCUACUCCAAACUCAAGCAAAGGCAAUAUUCGUCGAUCCAGACCUCAUACCCAAACUUCUCAAGCCAUUACAAAAGGCUCAGAAUCUAGAAGCCCUCAUUUAUAAUGACGACGGACAAAUCAAACAGGGAGAUUUUGACAAUCUGAGACGACUCAAUCCCCGAAUCAAAAUCCUUAGUCUUGAAGACGUUCGCCAAAUGGGAGAGAACAACCCAGUCGAGCCGGUUCCUCCCAGUCCAGACGAUUUGUGUUGUCUAAUGUAUACUUCAGGUACAACAGAUGCACCAAAAGGAGUUCCGCUGAAGCACCGCAAUAUUAUAGCUGCUAUCGCUGGACUCGACUCGAUUUUCACGCCCUACCUCAGCACCGACGAUUCCGUUCUCUGCUACCUCCCCUUAGCCCAUAGCUUCGAAUUCGCCUUCGAGAAUGUAUGUUUCUACUGGGGCAUACAGAUGGGCUAUGGAAACCCACGAACGCUCUCCGAUACUUCCAUGCGAAAUUGCCAAGGCGAUAUUAAAGAAUUCAAACCUACAAUACUAAUAGGUGUUCCCGCAAUUUGGGAGAUGAUACGCAAAGGCAUCGAGCAGAAAAUCUCACAAUUAGGGACUCUACAAAGUUUUAUCUUCUGGAGAGCGAUGGGAUUGAAAACCUUCCUAUGUGGCUGGAAAUUACCGGGUCCAGGCAUGUUGGAUUAUUUGGUAUUUGAUGCUGUCAAGAAACAAACUGGCGGGAGGCUAAGGGCUUGUUUUAAUGGCGCUGGGCCAAUUGGGAAGGAAACAAGAAGAUUCAUAUCUUUCGCCAUUGCGCCCUUGCUCAUGGGUUAUGGAUUAACUGAAACCACCGCAAUGGGAGCUCUCAUGGAUCCAUUAGAAUGGAACGAUGAAACUCUUGGAGAUAUUCCAAGUUGCAUCGAAAUUAAACUAGUGGACUACCUUGAAGCAGGGUACUGCGCAGCGAACGAUCCUCCCCAAGGUGAAAUUCUGAUCAGGGGUGAUGCUGUCAUGGAUGGCUAUUACCAGAAUGACGAGUUAACGGCCGAGGCAAUUACACCCGAUAAAUGGUUCCGGACAGGCGAUAUUGGGGAGUGGGCACCCAAUGGACACCUAAAGAUUAUUGAUCGAAAGAAAAACCUUGUCAAAACUUUGAACGGCGAAUAUAUCGCACUCGAAAAGCUCGAGUCAAUAUACUCCACGAACAAUGUCGUCUCAAAUAUGAUCGUUUACGCGGCAGCAGACCAAACCAAUCCAAUCGCAGUUAUCGUCCCAGCACAUUCAGCCCUACAAACGCUCGCCAAGAACAAAGGGUUGGAAGACGACAACUUCGGCAGCCUUAUUCAAAAGCCGGCCAUAAAAGACAUGGUGGUCAAAGAGCUACAAAAUACCGCUCGCAAAGUCGGACUCGCAAGCGCGGAAAUUGUUCGAGGAGUCGUUUUGACGGAUUUUGACUGGACAAGUCAGAACGGGAUGCUUACUGCUGCUCAGAAGGUGAACAGGAGAAAUAUUGUUGAGCGUUAUCAGAAGGAUAUCAAUGCGGCGUAUGGGAAGAAAUAA